AAACGUUAAAGUGAAUCCGACAGACCAAAAUCUGACAAGCCAUGUUUAACAUUUUUAUUUUCUAAUGUUCCUUAAACAAUUAUGCACAGAUUUUGAUUUUCCUUUGCUUUUCUUUUCUUUUAUGUGUCUAGAAAAGAUGCGUUUGACUUUCUAUCUCUUGAAAACGCCCACAAAAACCAAGGCUAAAUAAACCUGAAUCAUUCAUUCAUUCACUCACUUUCCCUAAUACUCAGCCACAUCUAUUGCAUGCUCUCCUUCAUAUCCUUCUUAUUCUCUCCUUCAUUCUCUAUAUCACACACACACACAAACAACAACCUUAAACAACCACCAUGGCAGUUGAUGCUUCUUACAUGAAUCUCUUGCCUUCUCAGUCACUCACCAACAGGGAAAUCAUCAAAUCCAAUCAACAACAGUAUCAUCAAUUGAACUGUGAUUACAUCUGCAAUACCCAGAUGGAUUCAGCUUUGCCUCUUCCAGCAGCAGCAGCAGCAAUGCCUGAAUCUCUUUUGUCUUUCUAUCAAUCCUCGUUUUGUGAUCCAAACAAAGCAGAUAGUGGUCUCACCUACAAUCUCCCCCUUCAGAGAAAACGUUCCAGAGAUUUCACCACUGAAUUAACCUCUCUCCCACCUCAUCACAAGAACAAAAUCUCUCCACAACCUUCUUUUCUCACCCAGGACAUUCUCUACCAGUUUCACCAUCACCAAUCUGAAAUCGACCGAGUUCUUGCACACCAUACCGAAAAAGUGAGGAUGGAAUUGGAGGAACAGAAAAUGAGGCAAUCGAGGAUUCUAGCGAGCGCAAUUCAAGAGGCAAUGGCGAAGAAGCUGAAGGAAAAAGACGAAGAGAUUCAGAGAAUGGGAAAGUUGAAUUGGGCCCUUCAAGAGAGAGUGAAAAAUUUAUGCGUGGAGAAUCAAAUUUGGAGGGACCUCGCACAAACCAACGAAACCACUGCCAACUACCUAAGAACCAAUUUGGAGCAGGUUUUGGCACACGCCGGAGAGGAACGCGCCGCCGUGGCCGACGACGCACAGUCGAGCUGUGGGAGCAACGACGCGGCGGAGGGGUGCGAGGACACGGCGGCGUCAGGCGGUGGCGCGAGGCUGUGUCGGAGCUGCGGGGUGAGAGAGUCGGUGGUGCUGUUAUUACCAUGCAGGCAUCUCUGCCUCUGCACGAUGUGUGGGUCCACUGUACGGAAUUGUCCGAUUUGUGACUCAGGCAUGGAUGCUAGUGUGCAUGUCAAUCUCUCUUAGUACUAAAAUUCAUUACAUAGGUUUUUUUUUUCUUUCAUUGUAGAGUUAAACACAAACUAGAUAAAAAAAAUAGUUUUUUUUAUCUUGUAAAAAAAGACAAAAAAAAAUAGAAUGUAGAAUUCUUUUGUUCGUAUAGUUUUUUUGGUUA